AUGAGGGCGGUAGCCGCAGUGGCUUUCCGGCAGGAGACCGUGUUCCAGAUGUUUGUUCAGACGACUGAGAAGAAUGUGAGCGAAGAUUUUCCCGGCGAUUUUCAGCAGGCCGAUGCUUCCGUGGUUAUUGCAGGUUUGGCGGUUCCCUUUCCGCUUGUGGAGUUGGACGAUUGUGGCGUCCUUGAAAUCCUAGAGGACUUCUCCUUGAUGCCAGCUCUCCUGGAAGAGCGCCGUCAGAUGAUCCAUGAGUUGGGGGCCGCCAUGUCUGUAGAUCUCAGCAGGGAUUGCGUUCGAUCUGGGCGCUUUCCCGCUGUAGAGCUGUUAUACGGCCUUGAUGGUUUCCUGUGGAGAAGGCGCAAGGUCAAUAUCGGCGUUGGUCUCCAUUUGGAGCAGACGGGCGAUGGCGGCGUCAGAGAUGGUGGAGGGGUGGUUGACGACGCCUCGGAAGUGAUCGGCCCAUCACUGUGGAAUUGGUAUCUUCAUGAUGGGUAG